AUGUUUCAGCACUUUUCUGACACUCCAUGCCUACUCAUUCCAUCAAGAGGCCUGAGUCAUCCCCACCAGAUCCAGAAGCAUGUGGCAUUUUUCGUCUUUGGGGAUUCGCUUUUUGAUGCUGGAAACAAUAAGUACAUCAACACCACUGAUCAACGGGCAAAUUUCUGGCCAUAUGGCGAAACCUUCUUUGGGCACCCCACUGGGAGAUUUUCAGAUGGCCGCCUGAUCCCUGAUUUUAUAGCUGAGUAUGCAAAACUCCCAUUCCUUCCACCAUAUCUACAACCUGGUAGUAAUCAACUUACUUAUGGGGCAAACUUUGCAUUUGCUGGAGCUGGUGCUCUAGAUGAGACUAAUCAAGGAAAGGUGAUAAACCUUAAUACACAGCUGACCUAUUUUAAGAACAUGGAGAAACUGUUGAGGCAGAAGCUAGGUAAUGAAGCUGCAAAGAAAAUUCUAUUAGAAGCUGUUUACUUGAUUAGCAUUGGAACCAAUGACUACUUGAGCCCUUACUUCACAAACUCAACUGUGCUUCAGUCCUACCCUCAGAAGCUAUACCGGCAUAUGGUGAUUGGAAAUUUGACGGUUGUAAUCGAAGAAAUAUACGAGAAGGGAGGAAGGAAGCUUGGGGUUCUUAGCUUGGGGCCAUUAGGUUGCAUACCAGCCAUGAAAGCAAUCAAGAAACCAGGAACUGGUGAGUGUAUAGAAGAAGCCUCAGAGCAAGCAAAACUACACAACAAAGCUCUGUCCAAGGUUCUGCAGAAGCUAGAGAGCAAGUUAAAAGGAUUCAAAUACUCGAUGUUUGAUUUCUAUUCCACUUUUGAGGACAGAAUGGAAAACCCUUCAAAAUAUGGUUUCAACGAGGGGAAGACAGCAUGCUGUGGCUCAGGUCCCUACAGGGCUCUUGUUAGCUGUGGGGGGAAGGGAACAAUGAAAGAGUAUGAGUUAUGCAGCAAUGUAAGGGAAUAUGUGUUCUUUGAUGGAGGUCAUCCUACUGACAAGGCCAACCAGGAAAUGGCCAAGUUAAUGUGGAGUGGAACUCACAACAUUACAGGACCCUACAAUUUGAAAGAACUAUUUGCUUGAACUAUGUUAUAGCAUUUUGCUGGCAUUCAUGAUAUGUACCUCAUAUUUUUUAAUACCUGAUAAAUGUGCUCAAUGUUUGGUUUCUUCUGAAUGGAAGUUCUGUUGAGGCAAUUGCAUUGGAG